AUGUCAUUCGCUAUGAACGGCAACAUUGCAUCAAGUAUGGAAAUUGGGUCUGCGUAUGCACUGCAAGUUUGUCUUCUCCAAAUUCCUGCGAUGGUUGCCUUUUCGGCUUGGUAUGACCCAGCAGACGUAGGAAAGGUUGUCAAUACCUUCACGUUGAUUUUCCCUCGUUGGGAUGUCAUUGUCAUCAUCUUGUCUAUUUUCCUUUUGACUUAUACGUAUAUUGAAGCAAAGGCCAACUAUCAUCGUGGCAGUAUCCUUAUUCUCAGUUAUCUCGUACUCGCCUCUGGAUUCUAUUUUGCGCCUCCUAGAAUGGAACACUCCGGUGAAGAUACCAUGAUUUUUGGCGCCACCGUCAUCCAGUCCUUUAAGGACUCUGCCCAAUUGUUUUUCAUGUCCCUAGUCAAUUAG